AUGAUGGCUAGGGAUGUCAAAUGGGAAUCAGCAGCAUUUAGAAGUAUACAUGUAGUUAUAAUGUCAUCUGAGAACGUUCCUACAAGAAUCUCCAGAUGUUUGGAAAAAGGAGCUGAAGAGUUUUUCUUGAAACCAGUAAAGUUAGUUGAUCAUACCAAGUUGAAACCUCAUAUGAUGAAAACAAAGUUAAAGAAAGAAAGUGAGAAACCAGUUGCCAUAGAAGAGAUUGUGGUUUCUAAACCGGAGAUAGAAGAAGAGUCAUUAGUGAUUGACAUUUUGCCUCUCCACCAAGAAGUUGAAUCGGAACAACUUGAACCAAUGUUGAGUAGUAAUAAGAGAAAAGCAAUGGAAGAAGUGAUAUCUACGGAUCGACCACGUCCUAAAUACAAUGAUAUCACAACCUCGGUCUGA